UGACGUCAUUCGGGUAUAUUGUGACGUCAUGCUAUUAGCUGGCUAGCUACAAAGGCGUCGAGACACAUCUCUACGUUUGUCAAGAUAAGUUUCAGUUUGAGAACAAUUCCCGUUGUCAGCACACGAGCUUGCCCGAUAUGCCGGUGGUCAGACUUCUGUGUGAGUGUGAGGGGGUCGAUCCCGAAGUGAAGGAGUGUUUCCCUGCAGAGCCGACAGUGUUCCUUGAUUCGGUUCCAAACUUUGUCACAAUCAAACCAACCCCCAUCCGUCCUCAACCACCAUUCCAGUCGGACUUCAGUAAAGAGGACACACAACAAGCGAAGGAGCACGAGCUCCGCGUGCAGCUGAUGGCUGCCCUUGCCGAGGUGGACAUUCUACGAUCUGACCUCCAGAAGGCCCAAGUCUGUUCAAGAUGUCUGCAGACACAAGUCAGACAACUGUCGGAUCAGAAAGACUCCCUAAGGGAACAGGUGCAACGCUUGGUGAAGGAGGUGGACAUGCUGAAAGGGAAGGGACAGCGUGUACAUUCUGGGCAAGGUGAAGGUGUUGAACUUGCUCAGAUGUCAAGGGUCACACAGACCACAUACUUUGGCCAGGCUGGCCAAACCCAGAAUAUUACAAUGUCACAUGGACCAGACAAGCUUUUACCAAGACGUCAACUUGAACUCUCCCAAAGCAAUCUGUCAAAGCAAGACUUGUCAUCAAGCUCAACCCUUUUGAUAGAAAAUUGUAACAAGAAGCUAAAUGUACAGAAAUCAAAAUCUUUCUUUAGUGGUUUAAGCAAAAUGUUCCGAAGACACAGAUCCUGAUGUAUGUCUAUAACGAUCUAAAUUUGCAUAAAUUCUUAACUUAAGCUUAAAAA